AGUUAAGUUCUUUUCCCACGCUCCGGCAGUCUCGCGGGGUGCUGAGGAAGUAGAAAAGCCGGCAACGUCUGUAGUGUCCAUCGAUGUCCGAACAUUGUCUGGCCUAAUAGCUGUGUCCAGGCUAACCUUUUGUUUGCAAACCCAGGAGGGCUUCCGACGUUUCACCUAUGCAGAUGUCUUGUAGCGGAUCACCGGAGAAAACCGUUGAUCCUCCGUCGAAGAAGCGAAAACUAGAGUGCCAGGGCUCGUUGGUGGACAGCAAUUCAUCCGUGGUUGCGCCGAGUGGCGAGAUGCAGCAGACCCCCGACGGAAACAACACGGCGGCCCCGGCCGCCGGCGAGGACUCCGAGAGCCCCCAGCUGGACGAGAACCAGUACUCUCGGCAGCUGUACGUGCUCGGCCACGAAGCCAUGGUGCGGAUGGCCAAGUCGAACGUACUCAUCUCGGGUCUCGGAGGACUCGGCGUCGAAGUGGCUAAGAACGUCGUGCUGGCCGGCGUGCGAAAAGUGGUGCUGCACGACAGCCAGCUGGUCAGUAAUGCCGACCUGGCCACCCAGUACUUCUUGGGCACGGCCGACGUCGGCCGCAACAGGGCCGAGGCGUCCUGCAAGCAUCUGGCCGAGCUCAACAACAGCGUCGCCGUUGAGUCCUUCGUCGGCGAGCUCACCACAGAGUUCGUCGAGUCUUUUGCGGUCGUCGUUCUGACUGAGACAACGAGAGAUGAGCAGUUGCGCAUCGCCGAGGUGACCCACGCUAAGAACAUCCCUCUGAUCGUGGCCGACACGAGGGGUGUUUUCGCCCAGGUGUUCUGUGAUUUCGGCCAGCAGUUCACGGUGAUCGAUCAGACGGGCGAGAACCCUGUCAGCACGAUGAUUGCCAGCGUGUCGAGCGACAAAGAGGGCCUGGUCACCUGCCUGGACGAGAUGCGGCACGGCUUUGAGGACGGCGAUCACGUCGUCUUCAGCGAGAUCAAGGGCAUGACGGAGCUGAAUGCGGACAGAAACCGACCAAAUGAGCAGCAGGCGCACAAGAUCAAGGUGCUCGGCCCGUACACCUUCUCCAUCGGCGACACGAGCGGCUUUUCUGCCUACACAGGUGGCGGUGUGGCCACGCAGGUCAAAAUGCCUGUCAAGGUGGACUUCCUGCCGCUCGCCGAGGCCCUCCAGCAGCCAGAGUUCAUCAUGACCGACUUUGCCAAGUUCGAGCGGCCUCCGGUGCUGCACGCGGCCUUCACGGCGCUGCACCAGUUCGUCAAAGCCAACGGCCGCCUGCCACGCCCCUGGAACGAGGCCGACGCUUCUGGCCUGCUCAGUCUGGCCGAGGGCGACUUCAACGAGGUGGACGCCAAGCUUAUCAAGACUCUCAGCUACACGGCCGCCGGCCAGCUGGUGCCCAUGUGUGCUGUGAUCGGCGGAAUAGUUGCUCAGGAGGUGAUGAAGGGCUGCAGUGGCAAGUUCUUCCCGAUCAAGCAGUUUCUGUACUUUGACGCCGUCGAGUGCCUGCCGGACGAUCUCAAGCCGGUCGAAAACUUUGAGGUGCCCGACACGCGCUAUGCGUCGCAAGUCAGCGUGCUGGGCCACAAGUUCCAGCAAAAGUUGGGUGGCCUGCGCUAUUUCGUUGUUGGCGCUGGCGCCAUCGGUUGUGAACUACUUAAGAACUUUGCCAUGUCCGGCAUUGGCGCUGGGCCCGACGGCAACAUCUUUGUCACCGACAUGGACUUGAUCGAGAUGUCUAACCUGAAUAGACAGUUCCUAUUCAGGCGAAAUGACAUCCAGAAGGCCAAGUCUUCCUGCGCUGCUAGGGCUAUCAAAGCUAUGAAUCCUGAAGUGAACAUCACAGCGCACCUGAACCGCGUGGGCGUGGACACUGAGUCAGUGUACAACGACGAUUUCUUCCAGGAGCUGGACGGUGUGGCAAACGCGUUGGACAACGUAGAUGCUCGCAUCUACAUGGACCGGCGGUGCGUGUUCUACCACCUGCCGCUGCUUGAGUCGGGCACGCUGGGCACUAAAGGAAACGUGCAGGUGGUAGUGCCGUUCAUGACUGAGUCGUACAGCUCGUCGCAGGACCCGCCUGAGAAGAGCAUCCCCAUCUGCACAUUGAAGAACUUCCCGAACGCCAUCGAGCACACGCUGCAGUGGGCCCGCGACGCCUUUGAGGGCCUGUUCACCCAGGCGCCCGACAGCGCUGCGCAGUUCCUGCGCGACCCCAACUUCGUGCAGCGCACGCAGCAGUUGCCAGGCUACCAGCCGCUCGAGAUCUUCCUGGCCGUCCGCAAGGCGCUGGUCGACCGGCCUCACUCUUUCCAGGAGUGCGUCGUCUGGGCCCGCAACCACUGGCAAGAGCAGUACAACAACCAGAUUAGGCAGCUACUCCACAACUUCCCGCCGCACCUCAAGACCAGCACUGGCCAGGACUUCUGGUCCGGCCCCAAACGCCAGCCCACAGCGCUCGAGUUUGAUGUAGCCAACGACCUGCACCUGGACUACGUCCUGGCCGCCGCCAACCUUUAUGCCGAGGUUUACGGAAUUGAGAAGGUUCUUGACAGAAGCAAAGUAGCUGAGAUGGCGUCUGCCGUGGCCGUGGCUCGCUUCGAGCCCAAGGAAGGUGUGAAAAUCGCAGAGAACGACUCGCAAUUGGCGAACGGUAACAGCAGCAACCUCGACUCGGACCAGUUGGAAAACAUCGUUCAGGAGUUGCAGACUGCGCGAGAAAAGAUCGCUGGUCUCAAGAUUAAACCGCUAGACUUUGAGAAGGAUGACGACAGCAACCAGCACAUGGACUUCAUCGUCGCCGCGUCCAAUUUGAGGGCGGCCAACUACAGCAUUGAGCCAGCAGACAGGCACAAGAGCAAGUUGAUCGCCGGCAAGAUCAUCCCAGCCAUCGCCACCACAACUAGCGUGGUCGCCGGCCUUGUCACUCUAGAGCUCUUCAAAUUGGUCCUCCUCGGCUACUGCCGAGCGGACAGGGAUCGCAGCAAAGAAGGCUGGGGCCCGUCUGGAGCAGCGCCAGUUGACGCCAAGAAGCUUGAGCGCUUCAAGAACGGCUUCGUAAACCUUGCGUUGCCGCUGUUCGCGUUCUCUGAGCCACUGGCAGCGGCGCGACAGACGUUCAAGAAGCGCGAGUGGACGCUGUGGGACCGGUUUGAGAUCACUCAGGAGAUGACGCUGAAGCAGCUGCUGGAUUACUUCAAGGACGUGUACGGGCUGGAGGUGACGAUGCUGUCGCAGGGCGUGUGCAUGCUCUACAGCUUCUUCAUGCCAGCGGCGAAGCGCGAGGAGCGACUUGCGCUGACCAUUCCUGAGCUGGUGCGUCGCGUCUCCAAGAAGACGAUCGAGCCGCACGUGCGAGCGCUCGUGCUCGAGAUCUGCUGCAACGACGUGCAGAGCGACGAUGACGUCGAGGUGCCCUACAUCAGGUACCAGCUGCCGCCCAACUAACUCAGUGCUUGAGAGUGAACUCGAAAUACACACACACACACACCCACGUAGGUGGCUUGAUUUUUGUCUCUCACUCACUCCACUCCUCGCUGCUCUUUCGUUCGUUCUUCUCUGUCUGUUCGAUCGAUCACCACACUGCGCGCGGAUUUAUUCGAGCGUCGCUUUGAUUUUCACGCGUAGUUGUUAUUAUUAUAAUUAUAAUUGUAUACUUAGUGUGCGCGGCUGCUUUCUCGUGCAGUGAGCCGCGGUGACUAACUGCUGUAGUAGACGCCUCAGAGUUUUAGCAGAAUGCAUAAUUAAUAACAAGUAAACAAUUCACAGCUCACUUUUAUUGAACAAAAUGUCAAACUGGAUUCUCUGUCUAUGCAAAUUCUCUGCGGGUGUUAAUUUAUUGGAAAGUAAUAAAAUUUUUAUUGCCAAUA